AGUCCUCCAUGCUUGACCCGCGCGUCGAAUGACCUUCUCCUACUUAUGCACCCCUCACAGCCUCCCAAUGAUGCAUCUCACCAUGCAUGGUGCCCCAACUACACCCCGGCCAGAGCGACAGCGGCUGUGCUGUAAAAGGCUGACAAAAGUGCAAAUAUUGCCUCAGUAUAUAAUUGAUCUCUGAGUUCCCAAUGGGCACGUUCUCGUAAUCCAUGCCUCCUCCUCUGUUAUCCCCCAGGGUGGCAUAUCGUCAAGUCUCAUCAUGGAAGCAAUCGCUGCAGCUGGCGCUUUGCCUGGCCUUGCCUCAGCCACUAUCCAGCUUGGUACUGCUACCUUCCAGUUCUACCAGCAGCUACACAGCCUGUACAAAGCAAUCAAGCAUGGAGAGAAGCAACUCGGUACAGUUGUCAAGCAGCUUGACCAGCAUGGAGAUUUCAUCAAAGAGCUGAGGUUCAGCUUCGAGCACAUUACAGUGGCUAGCAUCCCAGCCAGCACGCACCGUCUUUUCGAGCGCUGUAUCGUAGAUUCAGAAAGAGAAGUCGAAGAGUUUAGACAAUUACUAGAUCGGGUAGGCAAACAUCGCUUCGAAAAGAAAACCUUGCACGCCAUCGAGACUGGCAGUCGUCUCCGCUUCCACGAGCAUAGUAUUCAGAAGUAUUGCGAUCUUCUCGACAAGCAGAUGCAUCGCUUUCUCUUUCUCCAGUCUUCUGUACAAAGCAUACGGGUAGAGUCAAGCUUAUCGGAAGUUAUGACCACUCUCGUGAAGCAAGGGGCCAAAGCAGCCAACUUCUACGACGAGCAUUCAGCAUUGUUAAAAACUAGCAGGGGCCUACGCUCAGCUUCGGGCACUAUCUCAAAGAGAGAGCAACUGUUAAUGGGACAAAUGGAUAGAAGCAGCCGCACGGCUUCACCUUCCCCACAGAGCGUUAUCCCUGGCAAUUGGUCUAUCAUCAAGACCAAGGGGUAUUCAACGCUGUGUGGUACGGUCACAGUUGCGACGUUCUCAGACUCAGAAGUUAACAAGGGUAAGCGUCACCAACUCGCCUACAAAGUACGAUUUAAGCCCUACAGCUGGAUUUCAAGAACACUGGUGGAAUGGCGGUGUCUUUUCAGUCCAUCCCCCAAGAUUCACACGAUGCUGUUCUCUGUAACUACUAGCAUACUCUGCGAUGACCCCGAUGUUUUAGAUGCAUUGGGUUUUGUCCGAUCAUCGGACGCAUAUUGGGGCCUUCUGUCCGCGUUUCCUUGGUUCUGGACCAUGAAAGUACCCAACUCUGGGAAAAUCCGGGCUCUUUUAAACACAGGUCGACUUCUGAAAGACCAUGUCCUAUGGUCGGAUCGCUCAGAUCCGGUGGACGUCAUCACGGCGUUCAUUCUCUCUUAUGAAUCUUCCCAUAAAGAGGAACUCUCUGGUCUAUGGAAUCGCGAUCCUAAUAGGAGGUGCACUGAAUCGAACCGAGAUUAUUUAUCCCAACAAUACCUCGAAUUCUAUCGGGUAAUUGAACUACUUCUUUCAUGGGACUUCCAGCCUCAUCUCUCUAGCUGGCAACACAUCUACGGCGUAGCUACGCGGCACCACUACCACCUUUUAACUGAGCAUCCAGAGGUAAUUGGCACAUUUGACCUUACCUUGAAGCCCAUCUCCCUUUUAAUUCUCGAGACUUGCGGGUUUUUGAUCCCACUUGACUAUAAGGUUACGUUCCAUGAUCGAUGUCGGGUAAUGACACCGUAUUUAACAUAUACUGGUACACUUGCGAAAAGUUAUGUCACCUAUCAUGACCCCUACAACCUUGGUGAUUCUUAUCUCGCGCAUUUCGUGGCCGAAAAAGAUCCUGUUGCGAGACUGAAAGGGAUUCUUGAGCUAGACCCCCUGGACCUCACUGAGGAUCGAUACAUGUUUGACCGGUGGUUACUAGGCGUGUUUGCUCUGUUUCGCCCAGAGACUGCCUCUCUCGUUAGGGAUUACAUCAACUCUUACCAAACAAUGGCAGCCCGCAAUCUCUUUAGCAUCGAUUAUAUUCGUGAAGAAUUCCGACAGCCACCACGCGAAUCUAAUAAGAAACAACGACGAAAUUUCCUGAUAUUUGUCUGUGCCUAUGGCAACCCUUCCAUUAUUCAAGAAAUGGAUUUAACUGCACUUACAGCAGCAGAGAUUCGAGGUAUGCUGUUUCAGGCAGCCCAGUGCUCAAACCCCGAAAUAUUUGAUCUUUUGAUAAGCCAGAGUCCGAAGGAGGCGGUAAAUGUCACGCCUCAUGCACCACGUAUGCGUGAAAAACUUACUAACGAUCCAACAUUCCUCGAUAAUUAUGUCAAAAUACUCUUCGACUGUGACCAAUGGCCACUAGCAGGGUUGUUUCGUGAUCCUGGUACUUCGAGUACAUUUUUUCUCCCCAAAUCUCAACCAUUACCCAACUAUGUUGAAUACAUAACCCUAGGCUGCAUCCAAAGAUAUGAGAUGAACCCACUAGCAGUAAGAAUAGAGGUGCGGUCGUUGAUUUGGCAUGCCACGAAAGAAUUUUGGGGAUCCAAAGCACCCGCGGCACUGCUGCUUCAGGACCUCCACUUCUACGACGUACUUCGAAAGCUUGUUCGAAUACCAGCUUGUAAAUCACAUCUCGACAUCUCAAAUUUCGUACAAUUCGGAUAUUUGGUACAUGUGACAAGUUAUACGGGGCUUAACGAGUUUCAGUCCUUCCCAUACCCUUCUGUCGACGGAUAUUCAGCGUUGAUGCUCGCUCUUCACUGCGGAAUGAAGCCUGCCGUUCAAAUCUUAGUCGACGCAGGCGCUUCUGUCUCGGAACCUAUGUGCUGUGGAAAAUCUGCACUUUCACUUGCCCGCGAAAACAUCCGAUCUCGACACCCUCGGCGAUGGGCCGUGUGUCGCGAUCCAGUCACCGGGGUUACCAUCCCUACACCCCGCGGGGUAAUUACCCCUGAAAUGGACAUCUUAGAAAGUACGGAUCGGGAGAUGCUUGAGAUAUUACUUGAAGCACUACGCGAGAGGGGUGAGAUAGAACCUAUAGAUUCAGACGACUUGACUAUGCCCAGCAGGUGGAAGUUAUUGAGGGGGAAAGUUGGUCAUUUCGCUGCAUGGUUAUUUAAACCUUCCUAUAGUUUCGACCCCGAUUCCUUUCGUGAGAAUAGCAUUUAUACUAUCCUAGUGAGCACUUUGUGGCUCUUAUCUGUUCUCAAAGUGCUCAAAGCUGAACUCGGCGACCUCCCGUCCUCUCUCACCAGGGUUUUGUCUCGACCUGUCGUCAUACUAGCUUUGCUCGUAUGGAUACUAUCACGAUUCUGGUAGCUUUCUUAUCUUUUUGAUAUGAUAGAAAUUGGAUUGCGUUUUCUCAUUGUGGUCGGUUGUGUACGACCAGUCAUGACUGACGAUUUCGACGGUACACGAAUUUACGGUCUCUUGUGUUCUACUGCCUGCACCUUUAGAUUUAUGAAUGAAAUACAAGGCUUCUUUUCCGAAUACAAUACAGUGUCUUCACGGACGUGAUCUGCAACAUUCGUGCACCCUGGAGUCCAUCAAAUAACAAUACGCAUUUCUCGUC